AUGAUGACAACAUUUACGACUCAUUCAUCGUCACGUGACUACUCCAAGAUGGAGGAAGGAUGGCAUUUAGAUGCCUUCGACGACGGUUCAUUGAGUAAGUUUUAACACUUUAAAUUGACACCAGCAUAAGUCGAAAAAUUAUUUAACAAGGAUUUAUUACCUGCAGAACUCGUCGGCGAAGCGCAGUUGAAAAAAUAUGGCCAAUUUUUGGAGGAAUACGCUUCACAGCUCAAGGCGAUCGAGGAUGCCUUGGACGACUCUGUUGGAGACUCGUGGGAUUUCAGUCUUGAUCCCAUUGCGUUGCAAGUGAGUAGAAAAUUACGGAGAUGGUUAAAUGAUAUAUUUUUUAAGAUAUAUGUUGUUAUCAUCCUUGAGUUAUCAAAAUCUUAUUUACUCCGCAAGUGUCAUGCUCAUAUAUUCCGACCCGGAUACCACCACCUCACCCGCCCCUCCUCAUUUAUAUCUUAGCACCCCCCCCUUCACUCUUACAUCUACUGAGGCCCUAUAUCUUAUUAAGAACGAGUUGAAUACGUUAUCUAGCAAAUAGUCAAUGAGAUAGCCUGCUUAAUUAUCUUGACAAGUUUUCAAGAAACUGAUUGGCUGCUAAACGGGUUAAUUGAAAUUCAUAAUAGUAAUAGGUCUGAGUGGAGUCCAAUUUGGUCUGUGAUCUACACAAUCAGAAGACUUCAAAGUGGGAGUCUGAUUUAUUAAUCACUAGUAUGAUAUCAGCCCAAGUUGGACAACAUAAUGUCUUGUUACCAAUAAAUCAAAACUAUAGCAAAAUUUGACGAAACACUCUUCUUAUCAUCUUCUUUACAUUUUCAUUUAAAAACAACUGUGCACAACAAGAGUGCAUGCAAAUGACACAUAGACAUACUGUCCACUCACACAGGUAUGAGGUGUCAACUGUCCUGUUACACUGUCUAAUUACAAGCAUGGGAGAAGAGUCAUUUGAAUUAAUACCCCUAAAAUCCUGAAGAAUUGUUUUUAGCCUAGAUUUGAACUUAGAUAUAUUGUGGAAAGGGGAACAAUUUUAGAAAGACAGUGCUUUCUUUUGAAUUAGACUCUGCCGUACGAGCAGUCAAGGAUGUUGGAACUCAUCAAGACAGAGAACAAGGUUUGUUUUGCUUUUAGCAUUUUGUUAGUAUAGGUAAUGACAUGAUUUCCAGGGCGAUUUGAUGUUAAUAAGCCUCAGUAAAAAAUUACAAAAUUGCAUGAGCCCGUAAGGCAAGUGUAAUUUGCAGUCUCUUAAAAAUUGACAAGUGCUUAUUACACCAAAUUUCAAGAGAUAUCAUGUUAUUACUUCCUAGUAAUAUACAUGGAAAAACAUCACAGAAAGUUAAGACAGAUGACAUUUUAAAGGCAUGUGUGUGCUAUUUGCAAAUUUGCACUCAUGUUUCAAUUUUGCACUCGUGUUACAACUUUGCACUUGUGUUACAUGAGAAUGCACUUGUUUUCAGCCAAUCUGAAGUGUGCAAUUCUUUCAUAUACAUUAUUACGUUUGUAGCACAGAUUUUAACAUGUAGAUUUUUAUUAGGAGACUUAAUGUACUCAUAAUAUCUGAUCAGCCUUGCGCACAUUUGAAUAUUUUAUGGGAUAAAUGUGCACAACACAACUUGUAAUAAAAUAACUAUUACAAAUAUGAUAAUGAUGUUGAUGAUGCUAUUUUGUAUUAGUAUUAAAAUUGUUAAAGAAAUCUGUUAAUAAUAAAAGGGAUAAAAAUGCACAACACAACUUGUAAUAAAAUAACUGUUAUGAAUAUGAUAAUGAUGAUGAUGUUAUGAUGCUGUUUGUAAUAGUAUUAAAAUUGUUAAGGAAAUUUGUUAAUAAGAAAAGAUCUGAGUUCCCAGUGAGAAUUCAUACCACAAAUUAUUUGAUAUUUUUACCUAAUCAUUUAAAUGGCAUGGCUGAGUAAUACAAAAACUAAUUAUAAUUUUCUUUUCCAGGUCUUUAACAAAGUGAUAAUGGUGUUUGCAUCUCUUUGUCGGGAAAUGGAUCAGCUGAAGCAUGAGGUGAGAACCAUUUGUAAUCAUAGCUUAUAUUUUUCCUAACCUCAAUGGGGCUUGGAAAAAUUUUCUGCAACUAGCAAAAUUAUUGCCUGUGUUGUAAGUUAAACCAUCAAAUAAGGAUUUGGUAUUCAGGUAUCAUUUCAUUUUCCAGUAUUUAGCUUCAAGUUUUUCUAAAAUACAUCCUGCAGCCUUGUCUGAGCAUUGCAUUGAUGACAUUUUAAUUUUUUUUUAUGCGAUUGUAAUUACUUCUAUUUAAUUGCUACAAGUAAUAAAUAUGAUUUUUUGUUUUUUUGUAGUACUCUUUUACAUAAUUUCUUUCUCAAAUAUAAUGACGAGAAAUUGAAAACAAAAAACUUUUGAAUGUUUUAGGCCACAACAAAGUUCUUCACUCCUCUGCUGCUCUAUGAAGAAGCAGGUAUGUGAGGGAAGGAAAUUAAGUAAAUAUCACAGAAAAGAUUUGUCAGAGUAGAAAAGGCCAGGUUUUUGAAGCCUCUAGUUCUAAUUGUGUUGAAAAUCAAGAUUAUGAUGAGUUAUUGAUCAUACUAUGCCAGAACCAAGUUGUCUUCAAGGAGUUAUAAACAACCACGCAAGCCAGCGAUUUACUAUGUUUGAAAACCAUAUAACUUUUUGAUUGAGUUCGAAUCAAAUGGCAAAUCCACAGGAUACCUGUAAUUAAAUUAGCUUUGUGCAUAAAUAUUCUUUAGUUUUCCUUUUCUGACUUUUAUUUCCUUUUACAAAUUUCAUAAGUUGUUUCAUUGUUUUCAUGUUUUUGCAUAUUUUGUGUUAUAGUGGUUGUUUCUCCUGUUUUCUUUUGAAAUGGUGUGGGUAAGUAAGAAAGCCACACAGGGAAUUGACCCCCUUGUGUGUGCACAGCAUGUUCAAACAUGUUGUCAAUGAUAAUAAGGGACUUCACUGUGCAUGUGUAUAAUCAACACAUUUGACAAAGAUCCUCUAAACUUCUUGUUUUAUUUCAGGAGUUUGUAUUGUUUUGUACACAUUAAUCAAUCAGAUGGUCAUCCAAGAUAUGAUUGGGUUAUGUGUGCCAUGUAUCACAAAAUCCUCAAAUCUGAUUGGCUAUGUCCCCCUGUACACUAAUUAGUCUGUAAUUUUUUUUUAAUUUCAGGAGCAGAUAAAGAACAGGUGCAAGAGGGAGAUAACCAAGUCCGUCUUGGAAGAAUGUUACCCCUGCUACAAGAUAUUUCCAGUUUUGUAACACGGGCAUAUGAGGUUGUCAAGAAUGUGAUCCAGCAGUUAGCUUCAUUACAUUCAAAGUGAGAUUUAUAGUUUCAUAAGUUGCUCUGCACCUUUCCUCAAUGUUAUGUACACCAUGCAAAAAGUGUGAAGAAGUCACAAGCAUUUUUCUUUUUUCUUUGUAGAGAGGGUCCUAAAGUGAUGGAUGUGACUGGAGUUCAUUUUACAGUAAGGAGUUUUUCCCUUCAUUUUAACUAAUUAUACCCUAGGAUCAGUAUGUAGAUUCUCUAUGCAGUUCUUGAUACAUCUCUUAAGGUAUUGAAAAGGAGAAUUUGUUUAAUAAUCAAGAACUUUUCUAAUUGAUGAUCAUUUCUUUUGUUCUUGUGACCUUAAUGAUUAAUUCAAGGGUGAUAUUUUGUGGAGAAAUUUGAUGCUAUGGCAGUCUCUCCUAGUGGUCAAAAGGCUCCUGUUAGGGCGUACAGUAUGACCAAAAAAGAUUCCCAUAUCCCUUGUUUUAGUUUUGGUUUUUAUGGUAUUUGUGAUGUUAUUUCUAAACGUUGAUUAUCACCUUUAUUACUUUUUUCUAUUAUUUGAUAAUUGCUCAAUGUAUCAGGCAGAUAAAGGAGUAUGAAUCUGCUUGAAAUAAAGUGAAAUUAUUGGCUCACGUCAUCAUCAUUUUUCUAAGAUGUUUCCCAUUUUGACAGACUGUUUUUGAACAUCUUGCUGGACUACUGGGAGUGCUGAUCACUUUGGAUGAGGUUAUGGAUGCCAGUCACACUCUGAAGGAACACUGGAAGCAAUACAGGAGGUAACUUGCCUUGUUUGUCACUUCAUACAGUUGGUUGGUCAGUCAGUUGGUCAGUGAAAUCUGAGUCAAAGAGUUAGUCAGUCAGUUAGUUACUUUUACAGUCAGUCGUGUAGCCAGUCAACCAGUUAGACAGUCAGUCAGUCAGUCAGUCUGUUAGUCAGCAAGUCAGUUAGUGAGUUGGUAAGUCAGAGCUAAUUAGUCAUUCAGUUAGUCAGUGAGUCAGUGAGUAUGUCACUCAGUCAGUCAGUCGUUAGAUUAGUCAGUCAGUCAGUCAGUUACUAGUCAGUCGGUCAAUCAGUCAGGGAGUCAGGCAGUGAGUCAGUGACAAUCAGGCAGUGAGUCAGUGACAAUCAGGCAGUGAGUCAGUGACAAUCAGGCAGUGAGUCAGUGACAAUCAGGCAGUGAGUCAGUGACAAUCAGGCAGUGAGUCAGUGACAAUCAGGCAGUGAGUCAGUGACAAUCAGGCAGUGAGUCAGUAAAUCUGAGUCAAAGAUUCUGUAAGUCAGUGAGUGAGACCUGAGUCCUUUACUCGAUUGUAUCAGUACAUUUACUGGUGUUGCAACAAUAAUUUCAAUGUAAGUAAGCUUCUCUGCAAAACUCUUCCAUAUCUAUGAGAUGCAUGCUUGAUUUUCAUAUUCAUAAAGCCUUUUCUUUAACUUAUAGAAUGUUAAAAUCAGUGCACAACAAUACUGCUUUGUUUGGGAUUGAAGAGGCAAAGCUUCGGCGACUUGAAAAACUUCUUAUGAGUUUGGAAGGACAGCUCCUUGAUGGUGUUAUUUUGCAGGUACAGAAAAGUAACCACUGACCUUGGAUUGUAUGAUGGAUAAUAUUAAGAGAAUUAUUAAAUUUUUAUUUUACCAGAUUUUUUUUGUAAAAGGUUAUCAGUACAUGGCCUCAUUGCUUUAAGUUCUGCUGCAAUUCAGUAAUUGGUUUGUUUUCUUGGGCUGUUAUCAAAAAAAGCAAAAAGUCAUGUCAACUUACCUACAACCAACUCGCAGACACUGUUAGUCAACUUGCAAACACUUUUCAGUUAACCCUUUAACUCUCAAGAUCUGAUUGUUAAUUCUCCCCUUUAGCUGUUACACAUUUCCUUGUAAAUAAGCUACAAGAAUUUGGUAUUAGAUCAGGAUAACUUCUACCUGAUAAGUUUGAAUAUUCUCAUGACCUGUUUGCUGAAUAAUGUUUAUGGGGAGAAGUUACAUGUCAAUCACUUCUGGGAGUUAAAGGGUUAAGUCAACUCACCAUUACUGGUCAACUUGCCAAUAACUUUGGUAUACCAGUGAGUUGACCAAAGAUGACUUGAUCUGUUAGGUAGUUUGUUGAUAGAGUUGCUGAGUUGGUUGUUGGCAAGUUGUUGUGUCAGUGAAGUGACCAGGUACUUGUUAGGCAAGACACUUUACCCUCACAGUGCAUCUCUCCAGCCAGGUGCACAAACUCGAUGUAAGUGGUAGUGGACUGUCAGAGAAGCCUUUUUUUUUGGGGGGGGGAUCAUGGACCAACAUCUCAGGGGGGUGAGUUUAAUCCUAGUCACUGAAAAUGAGAUGAGCUGCAGUAGGAUGAUCCUCUGGUUUACAAGCUGACUUUCCUUUAAUCUUUUUGAUGUAAAUGUAUUUCAGAACUGUAUUGAGCAGCCAUUUGAUGGUCAAUUUGUGAGAGUGGCCAGAAAUAAUGAAUUUGGCGAGGAAUUCCUGUUCAAUAUCAAAGUCAUCUUUCAAAGUCUUGAUACAAGAAUGAGUAAGUACUAAAAACAAUUUCCAAUAAUUUUGUAGUAAGAAUUGCUUUUUCAUUUUAAUGUUUAGCCUGCAAAUUUUUUUUGGGAAAUGCUGAUUUAUUUCUUCUCUUGUUUUGUUUUCAGACGAGCCUCAUGAGGUUGAUCAGCGCCAUAAGAUUGUUGGUCUGCUUGGCUUGUUUAUCUUGCAACAUCAGAUAUACAAGGGCAUUGACAGAAGGUUCUUCAGCAAGUUUUGGGACAUUCACAAAAAGGUGGGGUUUAGACUUGAUCCACAAAAAAAAUAAAAAAAAAUUUAAAAAAUUUAUAAUUGCUUAUCACACCAAAUUGCAUGAGAAAUUAUGUUAUUGCUCGUUAACAACUUAAAAUUUAAAAACAUCUUGUAGAAAUCAAAACAGACAAAUUUUGAAAUUAUGUUAUUGCUCGUUAUUUUUUCAUUUAAACUCGUGUCACAAAAAAAGUCAAAACAGACGAAAUUUUGAAACUUUGCACAACUAUUUGUAAUUUGAACCCGUGUUACAACUUUGUACAACUUUGCACUCGUGUUACAUAAGAAUGCACUCUUUUUCAGCCAAUCAGAAGCGCGUAAUUUUUUCAUGUACACUGAUACAUAAUAAACGCAACUUAGUGAAAAUACAUGUACUUGUCAGCUAGCAUCCGUUUGGAUUGCUACUCGGCAAAUAAAGUAUCUAGUUCAAUUAUCUGAUUAUGUUUAUCAUUGUCUUUGAUGUAGACGUGACAAACCUCCAGUUUUCUCUUUUAUAAAUAUCUGAUGUAUUCCUUUUCUUUUAGUCUUUUUACUCGAUUUUUCGUAUUUUGAAAAUUAAGGUUUUGAUGGUGGAAUUUGAACAAUUCUUUUUCCAGGUCCCAGCUGUGCAUCUUGUUGGGGACAUCAUGUUCUUCCCAAAUGAAUUUCUCCUUCGAAGAAUUCCUCACCUCAGCAAGAUUGUGGACAAGAAACAGAGGCAAGCUGUGGAAUCUUCUAAAGAACAGUAUUUGACGAACUGUAAUCAAAACUUGGUCAGGUGGGAGAAAAUUAACAUUUUUUUUUUUUUAUAACUCAUUUUCAAAUACGUUUUGGUACGAGUCUGCAAUUAAUUGGUGGAGAGUUAUUGCUAACACAGCGGUCAAACGAAGGGCAUGCGCAAGGAGAUCAAUUUUGACCGGCCAUGCGCUAAUUUCCCGCGCAAAAUUGCAAUCUCGGUCACGCAAACUAUGCACAGAAAUAUUGAAACGUUCAAAGAAAUUUGUACAAGGUAACAAAAAUAAGGCGGAGGACAACUCGAGACUUUUCCUGCACAAAACACAUUUAAUUACAGGUUUCAUGUUCAUUAACAUUGCAGGUUUCAUGUUCAUUUACCACUUUGUUUUGAGCUUCACCAAAAAAGUUAUAUGGUUUUUAAACACCGUGACUUACUGGUUUGUUUGGUUGUUAACAACACGUGUUCGACUACUUGGUUCGAACACCAUAAUAGCACGCGACUUAGUGAUAACAAAAUUCCCACAUGUACAGACGUUUGAAUGCUAUAUUAUUAUUGUUACUCCUUCUGAAUGGGCUCGUAACACUCCAGGUUUUGUCAGAUUUCCCGAAGGUUUGCUGGUAUUAAUUUGUUCUUGAGAGGAUAUAGCCGCUGACAGCGUUAAGUGCCCUUCCUGAGAUCACAACACAAUAACUCAGCUAGGAUUUGAACCCAGACCCUUUGAUCCAGAGUUCAACCUGCUGGCGUAAGACCUUCACGUUUCAAGCUUGAUGUCAAAAUACUGUAUUCAACUACAUGAUGCUUAUGUUUUUCGUCUCAGGGAUGCACAACUGUACCAGAUGCAAGUCAGUUCAUGGAUGGUUCACAUGGAGUCCAGUCUAAACAAGGGAGGCACCUUAGUCGAUGAUCUCAACACGCGAUGUGUUCUGUUUAUUAAGGUAACUUGUGAACCCGUUAGCUCCAUCUUCUAACCGAUCACUUUCAUAUUCUCCAUAGUGUUCUCUUACAUUUCCUGAGGUGCUGACAAGGAGAAUUUGUUAAACAAUCCAGAGCUUUUUUUAGUCGGUGAUCAUUUGCGUCAUUCUCAUGACCUUAAUGCGAGUUGUUGGACUGAUAUUGUAUGGAGAAGUUAGAUGCUAGUCAAUCUAAAGGGUUAAAGAUUUAACGUGUAGGAAAUCGCACGCUAUUGGAAACUCGCUUUGGUUCAAGAUUUUUGAGAAUGACUAAAGUGAGUUAUUUUUUUAAGAGUGGUUUGCACAGGCCUCAAAAUAUUCUUGCUGAAAGCUCGACCAAAGAAACCUCAGUUCUUGAUAAAAAUAAACAAGCAAUGCUUUUUCCCAAUAUUUCACAUAUUUCAGGGUGUCCUUAUAGCGCACACUGUGAGUCACUUGGUGCGCACUAUCAUGAAUUUGCAUCUGGUGUUAUCUAAACCGCUGACCAAGUCGUGUGUAAUGGCCCUGUGCAGGCUCACAGAGCUUUUAAAGGUAAGAGCUUCUGCAUUUGCAAGACUACAGUAAGUGUUUCCCUUAAGCUAUGAGUGCAAAAGGAAGAAUUGAAAAUAUUACAUUGACCAGGAACUCAGUCACUAGCAUUUUCUCCGGCUUCUUAAUCAAUGUUAAUAAAGAAGUUGACGAUGAAAAACCAGAAAUACACGAAACAAAAUAAAUUGUACAAGCGUGAGUGCACCUUUGACUUCUUGGGAAGGUAACUUAGCUUGUAAGUCUUCAAUUGGAGAGAUUCGCCAAGAUGUUUUCCGUAGUUCAGGUUGAAGACCAUCUCACUAAGAAAUGGAAACUUCAAUUAGCAGGAGUUUAAAUGUUCACACGGCACUUGGAGUUUUCUUCGUCUCAUGCUCAUCGGGAGUUGAUGUCAUUAUCUUAUGUGAAAAGUGACGAUUUUCCCCAGAUUUGCACAUCAGUUCUGUAUUUUGAGUGAUGUUUUAGGAUUCCUAAACGUGGAAAGUGAUCAAAACCCACGAAAUUUACAAUAAUUUCAUGUAAUAUGUAGAUUGAGUUAGAUUCUCCACAAACGCGCAUGGUUACCCGCCUUCUUGGGUUGUCCUUGAACAAUCAUUGCAGUGCAUCAUCAAGUUCAUCUGUCUUUCUCUGUAGGCCAUCGAGCACACGUUUCAUCGGCGCAGUAUGCUUAUAGCGGAAAGUGUCAACCACAUGAUCCAACAUUUGACGUUCAUGGCAUUAGCUUGUAUUGACACCGCUAAGGUACGUGUACUGUACAUGUGACUGUGGUAUUGCCACCACUAAGGUUGGUGUACUGUGCAUGUCUGUUGUACUGACAGUGCUAAGGUACAAGUACUGUACAUGUGGCUGUUGUAUUGACACUGCUUUGGGAGGUGAGCCGUGCAAUUGAUUCUUAUAUUGACACCGUUAAGGUAUGUGUACUGUACACGUGACUGUUGCAUUGACACCGUUAAGGUAGGUGUACUAUACAUAUGGCUGUUGUAUUAACACCGCAGAGGUAUGUGUUCUGUACAUGUGGCUGUUGCAUAGACUUUUAUUGUGGUCGGUUAUGUGCCUUUAAGUGAUAAAUGUCUUCAUUCCACAGAUAAGACGUUCUACUUGUAGGAAGUAGUCAAAAAGUCUUUUCGAAAGAUUUCUUUGUCUGCACAGGUUAUAGUUAGGGUCCAAAGGUUUUCAUAUACAGCCACUGGCAUUUGUAUUAAGAUUGCAAUAUUUUUAUUUUACAGAAACGUAUUGCAGCCGACAAGAAAUACACAGACAAACGACUUGUGAGUUCAGCAUCUUACAACUUUCUUUUUGCUUUGAAACGCGAAGACAAGUUUUUUCCUGCGCUAGAUAACUUCGCACGCGCGAAAAAAACCCAUUGGAUUCUUCAAUGUAGAGUCAAAAGCCAUUAACUCUUAGUGGCUUUAUUUUUUAAUUCCCUGUAACAAAUCUGUGUGAUUCAACACUAAGAUAUCCAUUUAAAGAAGGUAAUCGUUUAGAGAUCCAAGUUGCCUCGAUGACCGGUUGUUGAUCAGGUUUGAAUGUUUGCGGCGUAAAUAACAGUCAGCCGAACAGUCAAAGGAUCUUCGAGAGACUAGAAUCAAGGCAUAUAGAGGCGUGCUAUCACUGAAUUAACAUCGGGCGUCUUUACAGGGUGUGGCUAUGUAAAGCAUAAACUUGAAGUUCGUUGAAAACGAUCUACUCUAUGGAAAAUUGAUUUGAUGACUGAAAUUUAGAGUUCUUGAGAAAUUGCUAUUGUUUAUGCUUGGGCACGCUAUCAAUUUUUGUUUCUUUUUUGAACGUAAUGAAAAAAAUUGUUUCUUUAUUUUAGGACGUAUUGGCAGCGCUUGUCUUAGUGCAGAAUGCUCUUAAUGGUCCAGGUACUUUGAACAAUGAGUGAUUUACAUUUAAUUUCUCCCGACGAUUUCAAUGCAUUAUCUAGGAAACAGGUGGUGAGAAUCGACACACUUAUCAAGUGAAGGGUGUUGUCUUGAUGAGUCAUAAAAUUCUCUUAAAUUAUUGAGGAGGAAAUUUAUAGGAGCUAGAGCGGAGAAUUGAUAAGUCAGAUCCAAGUAGUUUACUCUUGGGAGUGGUCAGUAAAAAGUGGUAAUAUACUGAGCAGGAGAAGCUUUGUGAAUUAAAACAAACCAUGAUGUAGAGGACAUAUUUUUGUAAAUCACUGAACUUGUGGAUUUUUAGCCCGCGAGCAGGCCCUCAUAAUUUGUGCUUCAGCACGAGAGGUUCUUCGCCUGCGAGAAUUAUGAAGCCUUGAGAAACGCAAGCCGGUGAGAGGCUUUAAGUAUCAGACUCCGGGCAAACCUUUCCUCGACUCGUCUCAAAUCUUCCCGCGGGCGGAGGAACGCGUGUCCUGCUGCGCUAAUGAUGAUGAGGGCCUUCAGGUAGGCUAGCGAAUUUUUUUAAAUGCACAAGCCAAUGCGGUACUGUUAGAGGAGAGACUAAGCAGGCGUCAGAACACUGGGUUACCCUGUUGUAGUGAUAAAAAUACUGUAACAUUACACUGAUUGUGACAGAAUUUCUGUUGCUUUGGUUUUUUUCUUCAGCCACAAAGGAGCGCAGACUUAUUGCCAUGUUAGGCCUUCAUGUGGGCGUUCAAAUGGUGAGUUUCUCCAUUAUUUUUUUUAACAUCGUUAAGCGUCUAGUUGUGGAUAGAGGAUUUAACACGUAGUUUUGGUGACAGUCUGUGCGUCAUUAAUGUAAAGAUCGUGAAUAUUGUACAUAGUUUCACCAUUUUAACUUUUGAUUGACGCAGAAAUCUUUCAGAGAUGACGAGAUGGCCAGUUUAACCAGUGUAAUGAAGCGAAUUAACCUGGUCAGUGAUCUGAGAUCAAGAGUUAAAAAAGCUUGCGAUUGUGGAUUUCUUCAUUGGCAUAGGGCAAGUUACUUGCUUUCUUAUCUUUUAACUUUGUCUUGCUUUUUCCAGGCGCGCAGAUCGUAAAACGAAGCGCGAUAGUGAACGGCAGAUUAGUAACAGAGAAGUGGAUGAAAGAGGGAGAUUUCGGUUUACAUACGCUUGUUUUAUUGUUGGUUUAAUCGUUAGCUAAAUGCUGAGUCGUCGUCGUUCGUCUGCUUGUUGGUUCGUCAGUUCGUCGGUUUGUCAGUUCGUCAGUUCCUCUGUUCGUCGGUUCAUCGGUUCGCCCAUUUGUCUGCUUGUUUACAUGUCGUUCGUUAGUUCGUCAGCUGUUUACAUGACAUUCGUUGGUUUGUCGGCUGUUUACGUAUAGUUCGUGGUUUUAUCUCCUUGGGCUCGUUCAUCGGUGUGCUUUUUAACUUGCACGUGCGAAUUCACUGGAAGGCUUCUGGUUAUAGGUUUUAAAGCUUACUUACAUUAGUCCUUUCCCUCACUGAGCAAUCAGUCAAGUUCGGCUAAUAAGUGCGUUGUUUUUACAGAAUAAACAACCUGAGGCUCAGGAAAUUUGUACUUAUACUUUGGGACGUUUAAAGAAUAAUGACAAAGAUGGAUGAUCGUUUUAUUUUUCUUUCUGUUGUAGGUUGUGUUUCCAACUUACUUGACAGACUUGUAUGACAGUGCUACAGAUGUGCAUCGAAUUCAUGUAAGUUUCUUAAUGAGUCAUAGGGCACCUAGAUCUUUCUAUGCCUCUCUCCGCACAAGAAAAUUAAACGCAACCUCGCCCAAGCAUUAGGUCGAUAUCGGUGGAUAGACGGCCAUGCCAUUACACGUUUUUGCUUUAUGGUGAAGUGAAAUUGCGAAACUCGGGUGAAGGGUGAAGUGGAGAGUGCGAGGGGGGAGUGAGGAAGGGAGUACAGAAAGGCCAAUCCAGAGAGAUGGUCGUACGUAAGGUUGCUGCUAUUUAGCCCUCAUUUGCUGUAAAAACAGUCCUCCUUAAAUACUCAGUAACUUUAUUGGGCUCAAGUCAACCUUUCCUUUUUUUGAGGAGGGAGGAAUCCAUCGAUAAUUUGUUUUAUAUCCUUUUCGUAACGUAUAACAUAAGUUCAACUUGGUUUCUUUCAGUACAUGAUUAGCGCAUUGGGCGAUUGUGUUCCAGUCCUUCAGCGAGUGAAACACGAACCAUCACCGCAAGUCAUGCUGGAAUUAUUUGAGAAAGAAAUUGGUGACACACUACAUGAAGUGAGUAUGCUGAUUAAAAAGUUCCUCUCAGUUCCCAAGGCUAGGAUGUUAUCUUGAGGUCUGUUGAAUGAUUUUAUGACUUAUGAAUGAGUUUUCGGACUCUUCAUGAGGAGGUGUUAUUAUAUCAAAGAAUCUGCUUAAAAUCGAUCUUCCAAGGUUAAUAGUUCAGGGCGUGAAAUUAAUUUUUUUUUCUGAUAGCCACUUGGCUCCUAAAUUCUUCAAAGUUUUUGUUUUCAAAGACAAAAAAACCCUUUUUUACUCGUUUAAGAUAGACCCUCCAAAAUUAAUUAGGGAAAAGAUCUCUAACGACACUAGGAUGGAUGAUAUACAACAUUCAAGCUCACCUAAAUCCAAGAUGGCGUCUAGUUAUCGAUGUCAUCUGAGUUUUGGAAACAAACUUCCGCGGAUUUAUCUUUUCUUUUUGAUUCACUAUAUCUCUCGUGAGGUUGUGUGAAACAUUCUAGUCGCCAAUUUGUAAUUUUUUGGUCGGUCAAAGGGAAAAAUUUAGUCGCAUUAAAUUUCACGCCCUGUAGUUUUGUUUCUCCUGCAGGACAGUCACUGUCAAUUCCUUUUGUGUUUAGUGUUUGCAGUAAAAUUUAACCCUUUCACUCCCAUGAGUGACCAAGAGAGAAUUUCUCCUCACAGUGUCAAUGCAACAUCAAGCAGACAAGUGACGAGAAUAAAGAAAAAUAGCAAUUAGGGGAAUUUUUAGCAGAUCCAAUACCAAAUUCUCCAAAGUAACUUCAUAAGAGUUGUAUGGCAGAUAGUAAGGAGAAUUAUUGAUGAGAUCUUACAAUAUACCGAUGGUUAUGGAGUACAUUCGAAUCUCUCUACUCACGGAGAACCUCACCGUUUAUUAUUUACAUUCGUUUUUGUCAAUCGUGACUCGUGAAAGCUGUCUCAAACAACAUAACGUAAUAUUUUUAGGCCUAAAUCACUAAAGUUUAAAGCAUCCUAUUUACUGCACUCGUAAACAUCCAAGAGAUGUGUUUUUGGAAACCAAAUUAUUACUUCGUAUAAUUCAGCUUUGCCCCUUAGUUUCUUUUGUCGGUUGGACAGCGUCUCAUUCUGUUUUCAAGUCUUCCAAAUGACAUCAUGCUAGUGACUUCUUCAAAACGGACUUUUUGAUCUCAAUAGUUCCUGCACUGAGCCAGCGUGACAGGAAACUAGCUUGACCUUACGUGACACUUUUCAGGGGCAUUAUAGUAAAGUCUGUAUUGGUAAUAUCGCGAUAGUAAGGUAGCGUGAGACGGUCCCUUAAGCAAGUUCCAUAUCUUUGAUGUUUUCUUUGUUCAGAACUUGCUUCAACCACUGUGUCGUGACAUUGAAACAGAUCUACGACUUCACAUCCAUCAGCAUCUACAGUUAGAUGACAGAAAUCCUUUCAAGGUUUGUUCAUUAGUUAUGUGAAUGGUUAUUCAGCUGAUUUCCUCUUCCUCUAUCCGCCUGACUCAUUGCCUGUUUGUUCUUAUCUAUCUGUUCCUCUGUUUUUUUUUUUCUGUCAGUUUGUCGGGCUAUCUGUGUCUGUCCACUGCUUGCCUGUUCUCUGUGUCCUCUGCAGGUCUUUCUCUGUGUCCUCUGCAGGUCUUCGUCUGUGUCCUCUGCAGGUCUUCUUCCGUGUCCUCUGCAGGUCUUCGUCCGUGUCCUCUGCGGGUCUUCGUCCGUGUCCUCUGCGGGUCUUCGUCCGUGUCCUCUGCGGGUCUUCGUCCGUGUCCUCUGCGGGUCUUCGUCCGUGUCCUCUGCGGGUCUUCGUCCGUGUCCUCUGCGGGUCUUCGUCCGUGUCCUCUGCGGGUCUUCGUCCGUGUCCUCUGCGGGUCUUCGUCCGUGUCCUCCUCCGGGUCUUCGUCUGUGUCCUCCGCGGGUCCUCGUCUGUGUCCUCCGCGGGUCCUCGUCUGUGUCCUCCGCGGGUCCUCGUCUGUGUCCUCCGCGGGUCCUCGUCUGUGUCCUCCGCGGGUCCUCGUCUGUGUCCUCCGCGGGUCCUCGUCUGUGUCCUCCGCGGGUCCUCCUCUGUGUCCUCCGCGGGUCCUCCUCUGUGUCCUCCGCGGGUCCUCCUCUGUGUCCUCUGCGGGUCUUCGUCCGUGUCCUCUGCGGGUCUUCGUCCGUGUCCUCUGCGGGUCUUCGUCCGUGUCCUCUGCGGGUCUUCGUCCGUGUCCUCUGCGGGUCUUCGUCCGUCUCCUCUGCGGGUCUUCGUCCGUCUCCUCUGCGGGUCUUCGUCCGUCUCCUCUGCGGGUCUUCGUCCGUCUCCUCUGCGGGUCUUUGUCCGUCUCCUCUGCGGGUCUUUGUCUGUUUCCUCUUCUUCACUUGUCGGUCUUCCUUUCUUGCUUCUUGAGUGCUCCCUGAGUCCAUCUGUUUGUAUUAGUCUGUCCAUUUGACUUCCUGUCAGCCCGCGAGCAGGCUAUCUUUAUUAGUUCUUCAGCACGAGCGUUUCCUCCUUUGCGGGAAAAUAAGCGGCCUUGAGCAACGCUAGCCAACGAGAGGUUUGCGAGGGAUUUGGUACCAAUAAUGAGUACCAGACCCCAGCAAAUCUCUUUUUGACUCGUCUCCAAUCUCCCGCCGCGCUAAUAUUUAGGGCCUGCUAGCUCUCUUCUCUCUCUCUGUCUCUCUGUCUGUCGAUCUUCCUGUCUGCAUAGUGUGGUGCUCUCAACUUAAUUUUUAAUUUUUCCUUCGUUUAGGUUGGAAUGAGAGACCUUUCUCAGUUUUUGAAAAUGCGGCCGAUUAGAUUUUUUCAUCAGUUCAUCAACAUCAAACGUGAGUUCUUCUAAAACUUGCUGUACUGUAUUUCAGCCUUUGCAGUCAUUUGGAGGAAACGUACUGAGAACUUUUUUUGAUAUGGUUCUGUUUAUUAUUUUGAGUGAGGUGGUUCUAAUUUCCAGUUUGCUGAAAAACUCCAGCACCAGCGGUGCUUUUUUGGUGGUAACUUUUAUUGCGCCGUGAAAGGCGAUUUUUAAGUCUGUAAAUGAAACCCUGGUGUGUGAGAAUUCGUUUGAAAGCUAGAGAGCAGUACUUUCUGGUUGUAUUAUUUAUAAUAUUGUACUAGGUGUUGUGUACUUUAAGGGGUUAGGAUGAAACCUGUCUGUGUGAUCAUUCAAAAGAAAGCUUUCGUGAGUUAGUUUUUUAAUUUUUUUUUCUUCGAAAACGUGUAGGAAAACUUGUUUAUUUUUUCUUGUAGAACAUGUGACUCAUUACCUUGAUGCGACAUUCUACAACUUGACUACAGUGGCCCUUCAUGACUGGAGGACUUACGGUGAGAUGAGAAACCAAGCCAAACAGAAGUACGGCCUGGAAAUGACUGAAGCUCACCUGCCCAGCCAAACUCUUGAACAGGUGAUUACAGAGAAACAUCAAAGACCAAAUUCUACUCAAAGAAAAUUUGGUUUUAUCAACUUAGUUGAUGAUGUAAAUUGGCCACUGUAAAGAGUUUCUAAAGUUGACGUAUUCGUUCUUUCGUAUUCGUUCGUUCGUAUUCGUUUGUUGUUUGUUCGUCCUUUCGUUGGCACGUCGGAUGUCUUCGUUUGUGUGUUCGUUGUUGCGUUAGGUCGGUCGUUGAUCCAUCUGUCUAUCUUUCCUCCCUUCCUAUUGUUUUAUCCGUCCAUUCAUUCAUCUAUCAGUCUGUUUACUCGUUUAUCCAACACCCGAUCGAUAUAUCACUAGUCCAUUCACUCAUCUGUACAUUCAAGCUCUAAUGUUUUGUUUAGCCAUUUGGUUGAGAUGCCCUUAUCCCAUCAUCUUUUCCGUAGGGUCUGGACGUGUUGGAAAUCAUGCGGAACAUUCACGUGUUCGUUUCUCGAUAUCUUUACAACCUCAACAACCAGGUUAGGAAAUGUAUUUUUGUGCAAUUCUUGUCAACAAUCAAUGCUUUGAGAUGAUACCUGAAACCUUUGUCGUCGUUUUUUUGUUUCAGAUUUUUGUCGAGCUCGCAUCAAAUAAUAAACAUUUGAACACUAUAAAUAUCCGUCAUAUAGCCAACUCCAUUCGCACGCACGGCUCAGGGAUUAUGAACACAACCGUGAAUUUUACUUAUCAGUUUCUGCGCAAGAAAUUCUUCAUCUUUUCCCAGUUCUUGUACGACGAGCACAUCAAGGCAAGACUCAUCAAGGUACGUGAUGAUGAUGAUGUAGUGGGGAAGGGGGCAUUGGGAGGAGGGGAGGUUGGCUCCCCUCUAAACGAAACUUUUAGGGGGAACAGAUUCCAACUCCGCUCACGUUUCGGUACGGAAAUUAACAUCGCGAGAAACUGGCCUGGACGAGAGAUUUUGUUCCGUGAAUAUUUUAAAAUUCGUUUCAUUAAGACUGCUCCGGUCAAAAAGUAUUUUCUGUCAUAAGACCACAUACAACCACGUGCUGGAUUUUACUGAAAGCCAUUUUUGAAAAAUCCCCGUACGAUAGUUCUAUGCGAAGUCGCGAACAGGGCCGGUGAAAGCUGCGCCGCCCUGCGUUCGAUUUCGCGAGAUGCAAAGUGCAUAGGAAUGAGAAGAAGGGGAAAGAACUACGGUCGUAUGAAAAAAUGGUCAAUCACUGAGUUUGGUUGGACCAGACAGGAAAAUGUUUGGCUCGAGGUCAUGACGUGGGGACCGAGCAUAAUUAGCUGCUAUGAUAGUUCAUCUUAGAAAUUUCUUUGAACGAUUGCCCAGCUAUGAAAUGUCACAAAUCGAUUACGAUCACAGAGAACACUGUUAAGAUUGCACAGAGGUUUGCUAGUGCCGACGAACUAUGCAGAGGACAUUUUGGAAAAUUAGGGCAGAGGUGGGUGCUUAGCUUGGCGCUUUAGUCCCCCAUUUCCCCUUCCCCUACGUUUUAAAGCGCUCCACCACCUCUGUGAUAUCAUGCGAUAAAGCACACAGUGACCUACGCGCUUCUAUGGUCCGUUUAUAUUGACUUUGUUUACGUUCUAGGUUCUCGCUUACUAAGCAAGGGUCUUUAGCAAUAACCGUGGCUCAUGUUACCAUUCAACGCUUCUUUUUCAGGACAUUCGCUUCUUCAAAGAGACGAAGGAACAGUCGGAUCAAAAAUACCCGUUUGAACGAGCCGAGAAGUUCAACAAGGGAAUCAGGAAACUUGGUUUGACUCCUGAGGGUCAAACAUAUCUGGAUCAGUUCAGAACCCUGAUCAGCCAGAUUGGUAAAUUGUCAGCUCUGUUGGAACCUUAAAAAAUGCUGCGGCGAUGAAAAAUUCCUCGUCUCGUUGUCUCUUUCUUCUACGAGAAAUCGUCGUCAAAAAAGCGUUUCGUUUUUUAAUAUAAGGCGUCAGUGCUAAUUUGCUUCUCUAUGCGAUAUAUAUGCUACACCCAUGGUCAGAGAUUUUCAUCUAAUAGUGUUAAGCCUUUGUUUACUAAAAAAGCAAGCAAAAGAAAUAAUGUUUUCAGAUUUUUUGUUUCUUACUUUUUUAUAGGGAAUGCAAUGGGCUACGUUCGUAUGAUUCGCUCUGGAGGUCUCCAUUGCUGUAGUAAUGCAAUCAGGUAAAACAUUUCGUCUCAAUAUUUAUCUGUUGUAAUUUUUGCUAUUUUGAACUUAAGCUUCCCACUGCGUGCCUCGCAUUGGUGCAGUGUAUGCUUGGCUGUGAUCGUAUAUUCUGAUACUCACUGAGGGGCGUUUCUAUCGAGUUUCGAAGAACCAAAAUGAACCAAUCAGAACAAGAAGUGAAAGUAAGGUAACCGACUGAAUCACGAGAAAAUGCGGGCGCGGGGGUGGCGCGAGUUUUUUAAACCAAUCUUAGAGCGAAGUAUAAGAACAUCAGAAAAUCAAAAUUCUUUGCAGGCAAAAAUUUCCCUGUUCCUAGCAAUUCAUGGAAUCCUCUCCUGUACUGACAAGAAAUGGUGUUGAUUAUCUCCGUAGAUUCGUUCCUGAUCUCGAAGACAUUGUGUCUUUUGAGGAACUGGUGAAAGAAGAGAACCUUUCAGAAGAAUCACAACAGGCGUCCAAGUGAGUUUAAUAAGAAACUAAUACUGUUACCCUUUGAAAAGCAAAGGGCGCCAACGGGACGCUUUCCAAUCUGCUGAUCUGAGCAGUGUGGUGUACUUGUCACAAUGGUCUUGUGAAAUCAGAACUGGCUGGGCACGAACCCUAGUGGGACUCAGAUAUUUUUCAUUGACGCGUGUGUUAUUGGCGUCUCCGUGAUCACAUAAAUCAAGAUGGACUGAUUUCUCUUAUUUUUUUAAUUUCCUUGUUCACUCGUAGAUAUGCGAAUUGUAGGAACGAGUACUGUGGGGAUUCGAUAUACAAAUUUUGUGACGUUAGCCCGGCCCUAGAAAUUUAGCAAGAGUAUGCGUCUUAUCAAAGAUGGCGGACAAAUUGUUCAAUAUGGCGGAUCAAUUGGGGCAGACUUUUGUGGGAAUGACGGCUCGAUUCUAUUUCUUAGAAUCAUAGGAUCAUCGGCCUUUAGAACAAUCACUGUAAAUUUUAUUUAUAUUCUACAUAGAAUAUCUACGAGUUCUUUAUAGCGUCACUUUACAUGCAUGUAAGUCUGUUUUGGAUCGGAUUUCCUCCUUAGGGAAGGGUUUAAGAUUUCACACGAGCCCUUAAAUAGUGGUUCGUGAUUGUUUUGUGCGCGGUAAGGGCAGGCUUAGACGCCAAAGGAUUUAUGAAAAACUAAGUCCACCAAUCUCGCGGUUUGUGAGUCUCUAAAACGAAAGCAGACCUACUGCUCUUGUCGUGAACUUGGUGGUCAUUAGAUUAGUUAUUUGAUUUAUAGAUUGUUCUUGUUUUAGAAACCUGGAUGCUGCAAUUAACGACUUGGCCAAGAAUUUCGCUGGUGCGACAGAGUACUUCAAGGUAACUCACGAUUAGUUCCUCAUAGGAAAAGUAGUGCCUUCCCUCCUUUAUUCACAUCCCCCUUUAACCAGGUGUGUUUCCUUUACUUAUACUGACAGUGUAAUGUUUUUUUUCCUCGUUAGCUUCUCGUCGAUGUGUUCGCACCAGAAUUCAGGGACAGCAAAAACAUGCAUCUUAGAAACUUCUAUGUCAUCGUACCUCCUUUGGUAAGCUUGUUCCCUGGAGCUAAUUUUUGUUUCUUUUGUUUAUUUUCAAUCGAGUGUCAAUAAUAAAAGGAUUGUUUUUCCUUUGCUUUACUUCUUCUCGUGAUUGGUCCAGAAAUCUUGCGCCUUUUUCUCAACCAAUCAUAUUCAAAACUGAAACGAAUCGUGACUUGGUCACCCUCGUUUUCCCGCACUUUAGGCAAUUUGCCCGUUUUUACUUUGAGUUGCCAUUGGCUGCUCUUGACAUUUCCCUUUUGUCUGAUUGGCUGUUUUAAUAACUGUGAUUUUGGUUUUACCUCAUGCGACACGUGAAGCGUUCUAUUUACUUCCGAUGUGAUAGCACUAGAGUUUUCACUAUCUUCAAGUUAAACCAGUCUCGCAUUUUAUCCUUUGCAGACUCUGAACUUUGUGGAAUACAUGCUUAGUUGCAAGGAAAAGCUCACUAAGAAGAACAAAAUUGGAGCCUCUUUUACUGAUGAUGGCUUUGUAAUGGGUGAGUUUCACUGACGUAUUCGGUUUUUCCGACAUUGGUGAUUCUAACAGUAUGUAGAACACUUGCCAAAGCAAUUUCUCUGAUACAGAAUUGCUUUCAAUGAUUUUUCCUCUUUUUUUUCGCUCUGUGAUCGACCCAGAAAACUAGUGUCGUUCUCUCAGCCAAUCAGAUCCAAAACUGAAACCAGAAAUAGAGCUGUGGCUCGGUUGCCUUGGUGACGUCAUUGAGGCACAGGAGAUUCUGCCCUCCUAUGUAGGUACCUUUAACCACCCUCAUGAACAACCUACUAUCUCUUCCAGGGGUGGCGUAUAUCUUAAAGUUACUUGACCAGUACAAGGAGUUUGAUUCUCUUCACUGGUUCCAGUCGGUGCAGGAAAAAUACGAGAAAGAAAAGGUAAAUUAAAGUAUCUUCAAACAGUGGUUCGAAUUCAUAUUUAUUUUCGUUUUUUCCUCGUUUGCGAGAAGCCUGGUGCCUAGGGUUGAUAGGGAAGCUUGGUGGUUCGCGCAGAGGGUUCUGGGUUGAGGAGUCUAGGUUCCAGCCCUGCUUGGGUCACUGUGCUGUGAUCCUUGGUACGACACUGAACUCACCCAGUGCUUCUCUCUACCCAGGAGUACUCAGCUGUAAAUAGGUACCUGUAAACUGACCAAAUGUCUUUGGGGUGCAUUGGGUACUUGUGAUGUACUAGCAUUGCUUUCAACAUGUGCAUCAAUGCAUCUAUUCACAAGCUUGUUGUCUUAGUUGCGAGACAAGUCCUUCGUGAUAGCCAACCAUGAUAACCAUAACUAAUCACAGCAGAGCAUCAUGCUUUAUAAGAUCACGCAUGACCAGUCGACCUCAUCGCCUGAGGAGGACUAGCAGUAUGCAGUAGAAACGUCGCGAUCUACAUCACACGUGACUACAUCGUGAGACAAACGAAAAACUUAGCUUUUAUUGUUAUUCACCACGAUGAAUAACCACAACCUUUUUACGCUAACCAUGAUGUUUUGUGUUUGUUACGAAAAGUUGAUCCCGUAUAAUUGAACAAUUCUUGGUGCUUAUUAUUAGUGAUAAUUUUGCAACGUUAACUUAUAAUUGUGUAUGUCAUUUCUCUAAGGCUGAAGUGAAGGUUUCACUGAGCCGUGGGAGUGCGCGAGACGAGAAACUACAGCAAACCAUGAAUCUAACAUUGAAACGACUAAAUACUUAUCAACAGGUGAGUGUUGCUUGAGGAAACAUGAGCAGGUCGUGUAUAAAUUGUCGCUGCUUUGCAGCCCCAAACCCGGGACGAUUACCUGCAGGAUCUUUAUGUAGGGACACCUUAUAUGAACAUUAAGAUAAGCAGGCUGUUUAUGUGAAGGAUGGAGAAUGUAAUUUUCGCAGGUUAUUGGGGUUGGUCAAUUGUGGCGGGUCGCUCGCGCGAAAAUUUCACGGAAUGCUGGCAAAUUUUUGCCAACUGCUGGCCAACUACCUUCGGUAAUUUACCUGCGAUCAGAUCUAGUACAGUUGUUCGCUACCCACGACCGAAAAAGACUAUAGAAUCCCUUGAAGCUAGAAAAUUAAACCGUUAAAUCUCUGUACUCUAUUUUGCAGGAGUUUGAGCUUGUCUACUUCUCGCUGAACAGUGCAAGAAUCUUCUUCAGAGCAGACAAAACCGCCGACGAAGAAAAGGAGGAGAAAGAAAGCAAGGAGGCGUCCCCAGAAGGUAGAGAAACGUUAAUAUCAUAGAGCUCUGGGAAAGUGAAAAGUGAGGCUUCCAUCUCAACUGACUAAGAUACAAAAGAAACUGAUAGUCUUUGUCUCCGGCCCCUGUUGUACAACGCUCUUUAAAGGAUCCUCAACCAAGAAAUAACGUAAAUUGCUUUGCGCGUAAUAAUGUACGUUCUAAAUCUAAUUUUUUUUGUAUUUUCUCUUCCUAUAGGACCCCCCUCAAAUGAGGAAGCUGCGCCCCCCAGCCCCCCUGUCGACCCAACAGGAAGUUGAGUUGAGUUAGAGGCCCGAGGAAGUCACUUAAGAUCUAUCUCUGUGUGAUGAGGGAAAAAACUUUGUUAUUACUCUUUUUCGGAAUGACAAGGAAAGGAAAAAAAAUGUGCAGCAAGCGUAUUUUCCAGUGAGCCAGUACCAGGCCUUUGAUAAUGUCAAUAUAUAGAUUACGAGCAGUCCCUGCUUUUUGUACACUCCCAGAGUUCCGCGCGGCGCGCUAACAUAAAUUUUCUUUCAAGAUGAAACUACAUGAAAAAUAAGAUAAAAUACAAGAAAAUAGAUUUAGUGUAGCUUCUGGUACAGUGAAUUUUUGAAGUUUUAAUUUUAGUUGUCCAUUCGUCAAUUUGAAUGAAACUAAGUGAAGAUAAAAGACAUCCCAGACCACGAAAAACGAUUUUUGAGUUUUCGCGUUUUUACAUUGUCCCUAAAUGAACAAAGGUAGGUACAGGUGAACUAUAUGAAAAAUCGUAUUAAAUAGUUUUUAUUGCAAUAGAAAAUACUUUUUUUCUGUAAUUUUUUUUUCUGUUAAUUUGUGAAAUAAAAAGCAGGAAUGAUGUGAUUAACUUAGCACAUUGAUCUAUCCGAAUGAUUGUAGAAAUCCCG